CGCUGCGCAGAGCAGGCCUGCCGGCAGCUGCGGAGGCUCGGCGGCCCAGCGGCCGCGGGCGCCGCGGGUGCGGCGCGUGCCGCCCUGGUGCAGGCCGCGGCCGAGCUGCAGGUCCUGCGGUGGCUGUCGGGGGGCGACGGCCCCUGGGCGGCGGCGGCGGCCGCCGGCCUCACGGGCGAGCAGCGCGUGGAGCCGCCGGAGGGCCUGGCGCGGGAGCUCCGCGAGUGGUCGUUGCUGGCCGUCCAGUCCCACGCCAUGGAGGCCCUGAGCGCCGUGUUCGCCGAGGAGGCCGUGGGGACCCGCCUGGCCUUCGUGCUGUCGCCCGCGACGCUGCCGCGGUACCACUCGAGCUGGAAGGCAGAAGGUGCCGUCCUGGCGCCGGAGGCGCUGCUGGUGAAGAGCGGCUUCUCCUGCGCCUGGGCGCUGAACCUGUGCACGAGCAUUGCAGCGAACACCAGCAUAGAGAACCACGCCGCGCACCAGAGCCUCCUGGACAGCCUGGCGACGGCAUACACUGGCACUCAGGGGCAGCCGGCGCCCCCGAGGGAGUGGGCCGCGCUCUGCCGCUUCCUCGCCGCGCAGCUCCACGGCCUGAGGGCCUGCGGCCUCGAGGCGCGCGGCGGGGCGCAGGCCGAGGGCCUCCUGCGGGAGGUCGGCCGCGUGCUCAGCGAGGGGCAGCGCGGCGAGCCGCUGCGGCGAGCCGGCGAAGGCCUCGAGCAGCUGAAGGCCGCCGUGGAGGAGCUGACGGCGAGGGGCGACAGCGGCUGCUACGAGUUCUCCGGCGACUGGCCCAUGGGCCUCGUGCCGCUCGCCAGGAGCUUCCUCGCCCCGGCGCUGGACCUCCUGGCCCGCCGGUGCGGGCCGAGGGGCCCCGCGGAGGGCGACGAGCUGAGCCUGCAGGGGGCCGCCUGGGCGCUCGCCGCCAUGUGGCGCCUGCAGUCGGGCGGCGGCGCGUUCACCCCCGGCGGCGCGGACGCGUGCGAGGUCGCCGCCCAGGCGCGGGCGGGCCUGCGGGAGUGGGAGGACGCGGCUCGCCGCGAGCUGGCGAUGCGGGCGCAGGAGGAGCUGGCGAUCAACGUCCGCUGGGGCGCUGCCGAGGGCGCCGCCGCGGACCUGGCGUGCGAGCGGCGGUGCCUGCGGGAGGAGGCGGAGGGCCUCGGCGCGUUCUGCCGGCUCCGCCCGCCGCUCGCCGAGGCCGCGGUGCCGGAGCACCUCAGGUCGCAGCCCGCGGUCGCCGCGGCGUGCAUGGGCGACGGCGGGGCGCCGCCCUCCUACGGCGAGCUGUGCCAGGAGAGUGGCGUCGUUCUCGACGACCAUCGCCCGCCCCGAGCGGAUCUUGAGGCUGCUGGCGCCCCCGGGCGCGGAGAGCACGCGUCCGACGACGCGGUGCUCAUGUCCGAGCUCGCCAACCUGAAGCGGUCCUCCCUCGCCUUCCUGGAGCGCCUGCGGGCGCGCUUCCCGCUGCACAGCGACCUCGUGGACCCGGUGGCCCUGAGCGUUCGCCUCCUCGUGCACGGCCUGCACCUCAUGCACCACAGGCUGUGGUCGCCCGCGCCAGGCGCCGAGGGCCUCGGCUGCCUGGACGGCGUGCUGCAGGCGCCGGCGCUGGCGGCCGCGCGGCCGCAGGAGGCGCUGGGCGGCGGCGCCGGCGAGGGCGCGGCGCACCCGGAGGCCGCGAUCUGGUGGAUGCGCUGGCUGGCCGUGCAGCGGCAGCAGGCUCCGGGCGUGCUGCUCGCCCCAGGGCUGGCUGGCACGCUCGAGGUGCUGAGGGCCCUGGGGCAGCGGCACCGCGACGAGGAGGACCGGAGGGCGCAGGAGGAGCUCGCGAAGGAGAGACGCCCUUCCGGCUGGCCAAGGAGAAGAAGGGCGAGGGCGAGGGCGAGGGCGAGGAGGCCGAGGCUGGCUCGGAGCUCUUCCCUGGCGCCGAGCGGGCAGAGGUGGCCAAGCUGCUGGGCAUCCCGAGCGUCGACGGCCCCGGAGACGCCGGCGACGACGGCAUGGACACCGAGGAGGCGGGCGGGAACACCAUCUACGACGUCUUCGCCAGGAGGCCCCGGGACGGCCCGGAGAGGGACGCCGGCGCGCGGGCCGUCGCGGCGCCCGCGAGGGACCUGGGGGAGGAUCGGGACCAGAUCUGGGACAUCUGCGACCUCUGCCUGCAGGCCUUCGGCCCCCGCGAGGGGCCGCCGGGGCCGGAGGCCGCGGAGCGCGGGGAGGAGCUGCGCGCGGCGGCGCUGGACGCCUCGCUGGACGGGGGCUGCUCGUGCUCCGCAGCGUGGCAUGGCCCGCCGGGGAUUCGCUGGACCUCAGGGUGCAGAUGCUGCCCAGCGACGUCGCCGCGCGCAUCCUGCCGUCCGUGAUGCUGCGGGUGCGCCGUGUCUCCCUGCAGCUCCAGCCGGCGAAGCCGCUGCUGGAGGUGGCCACGAGCGGCCGCAAGCACUACGCGCACGCGGGGGGCAGGCACAAGGUGCACAAGGAGGCGGUCUGCGACUUCUACGGCCGAAGCAACCCAGGCAUCUUGCUGCAGCUGGCCACCCCCCUGGCGGCGCUGCUCGCACGUGUGCGCGAGCUGCUCGGGGAGUUCGAGGCCCACCCGUCGCUGCUGGCGAUCGAGGGCCUCGUGGAGAAGAUGCGGCAGCUGCGGGUGCUCCAGACCACCCCCAUGUCCAUCGUGACGAUGCUGGAGGUACUCCUGGGCCGCGCCGCCGUGUGGGAGGAGGCCGCGUGCCGCGCCGCCUCGUUGGCAGCGCAGCUGCGGCCGCUGGAGGCCCUGGUCGUCCGGCUGCGGGAGAGGCAGCUGAUCGAGUGGCAGGGGUUGCGCCAGAUCCGCGAGAAGCACUGGGAGCGCCAGGGCGCCAAGUGGUGGCUCCACCUGGUGGAGCUGAUGAGGUGCGCGGGCAGCCCCCGCGAGCUGGCCGACGAGCUGCUGAAGUUCCUGCGCACCUCCCCAGUGGCGCAGUUCCGGCUGCGCCUCCGCAUGCUGCUGGCCGCCGGACGGUUGCACGUGGGCGCGGAGGGCUCUGGCUGCUGGGCGGGCAGGAGACGGCGUUCACCAUCAUGACCAGGCAUGCUUCCAAGUGGCUGGCCGUAGUGGACAAGGCGCUGUCCAAGAAUCGGGAGAGCGUGGAGAAGGAGGCCGUGGCGGUCGCCGUGAGGGCGCUGCAGCAGGUGCACGGCUUCAACGUCAUACUCAGCGCCGCGGCCAGCUCCGAGGAGCGCCUGCUGCUCCACGCCAAGCCGUCCUGCCGCAGCGGCGACCGCUCCCAGGUGGCCCGCCUGUCGGAGGAGUACCGCUGCGCCUUCCUCUCCAACGUGCUCUUCUUGUCCCAGGAGGGGCCGUGGCUCAGCUCGAGGCUGCGGUCGUGGCUCAAGGAGACGAAGGGGCAGCUGCAGAUCCAGUACGCGUUCGCUGGUGAGGGCCAGGUCUUCCUGCCGCGCUUCUCCGGCCUGGUCCUCAGGCACAUCGGGGACACGCUGCCGCGCCAGUGCCGGGAGGCAGACUGCUCGUCCGCGGGAGAGCCAGCCGUGGGGCCGCACGAGGGGGUGCCGGACGGCCCAGCCGACGGCGAGCGGGAGGCCUGGGAGGUGAAGACCAACAAGGGCUGGCGCGAGCUCGACCCGGAGGCGCUGGCCGCGCUGGAGGCGGCGCGGGCCGCCGGGGGGGCCGUCGCCCGCUUCCGCGCGCGCGGCUUCGGCUACGAGCUGGACCUGGCGGCGCGGGUGCAGCGCAACGUGGAGACGGGGCGGUGCCGCGAGGUGCGGCCCAGGCAGUGGGAGCCCCCCGCGCCGGCGCCGUCGAGGCCGCGGGCGCCCCAUCAGGCGUGCGUGGUGGCCGUGCGGCGCGGCGCGCUGAGCGAGUUGCUGCUUUGCGUGGCGUGCGUCGACGAGAAGGCGGCGCUGCUGUGCAAGGCCGGGCUGCUCUUCGGGGAGGUGCUGUGCACGGGCGGCAAGAGCCUCCAGGAGGACGACGGCGGCGACGACGAGCUGGCGUGCGCCAUCUCGGCCCGCGGGGAGCCCUGGAAUUUCGGCCGCCGCUUCAUGACCUACACGGUGCGGGCCGGCAGGCACGCGGGGCUCCGCGCCGUGGGCGUGGGCAGCAGCCGCGCGAAGCGCCGCCGCGCCGCGCACCUGGCGCUGGCGGCCACGGCGGCGCUGCACGCACUGCCCGUGGGAGGAGGGGGGCCCCCGCACCUGCGCGCGGAGCUGCAGGGGCUCGCCAGGGUGGCCGAGGCCGCGGAGCGGGCCCGCACGGACCUGUGGAGGCGGUGCAGCCGGUGA